GAUGAGAUACGUAUCCACUUUGAGUGAGGACUACGCUUAAAUCUUUUUGCACAAUUAUGAGAAGAAGCUCGAGCACCUACUUCAUCGAGAUCCGGAUCUGUUCUGAGGAGAAAACGACUCGCCGAGUCGUGUGUGUACUUGAAAUAGUCUGUCGAAUCCUGCCACAGGAUCCUUUACAGCAGUUGCUGCAGGAAAAACGCGCGCUCCUGUAUCAUGAAUGUGGUCAGCAUAGCAGAGAGGUGGUGUCGAGAAGGUGGUUGACACGCCUUCAUUUAUUUGAGAUGAUUGAAAGUGUAUCACGCAGAGCGUUGAGUGGCUCCAGUGGGAGCUACCACGUUCGUGGUGCUGAACUAGCAAAGAAUCGCAGAUUAAAAUCUUUAUCAGCUAUCGUUACCUUUCUUGAUGAUACACAGCAUACAUUUCAAUUAGAUAAACGAGCAAAAGGACAAAUUCUAUUGGACUUGGUAUUUCAACAUUUAGAACUCAUUGAAAAAGAUUAUUUUGGCUUACAAUACUCUGAAAAUGGAGUUAAUACAACUAUCCCUACAUCUGAUACAAUGAGAUGGCUGGAUCCCUCUAAACCGGUGAAAAAGCAGAUAAGAAGUAAGGGUGGACAUUUCUUUUUUGCAGUAAAGUUUUAUGUAUCCGAUCCUAGUAAAUUACAAGAAGAAUAUACCAGAUAUCAAUUCUAUUUACAAAUAAGAAGAGAUAUUCUUCAAGGAAAACUUCAAUUGCCAACCAGUACAGCUUGUUUAAUUGCAAGUUAUACAGUUCAAUCGGAAUUAGGAGAUUAUCAUCCAGAGGAACAUGGGCCAGGCUAUCUUUCACAAUUGCAAUUAAUACCUGGACAAACAGAAGAAAUGGAGAAAAAGAUAUCAGAGUUACAUAAGUUACACAAGGGACAAUUGCCGGCUGAUGCAGAAUUUAACUUCUUAGAUCAUGCAAAGCGUUUAGAUAUGUAUGGAGUAGAGUUACAUAAAGCCAGGGAUUCAACAAAUAAGGAAAUACAAUUAGGUGUUACAUCAAUUGGUCUCGUUGUGUUUCAAAAUGGCAUAAAAAUCAAUGUGUUUUCAUGGUCAAAAAUAGUUAAAAUUUCUUUUAAAAGAAAACAAUUUUUUAUACAACUUCGACGAGAACAGUCUGAAAAUUAUGAUACAUUAUUGGGUUUCAACAUGCAAACUUAUCGUAGUUCUAAAAAUCUGUGGAAAGCUUGCGUCGAACAUCAUACCUUCUUUAGGCUUCACAGUCCAAAAAUGCGACCAAAACGGUUUCCCCUCACUUUGAGUAGCAGAUUUACAUAUUCAGGACGUACAGAAUUUCAAACAGUUGAAGAUGGAAAGCACAGAGCACGAGUGGAAAGGACAUUUAUACGAGAUUUAACAUUUAGAUCACCUAGCAAGAAAAUAGCUCAUGCUAUUACAACGGCAGCUAUUACCGACGAUAAAGGAAAACUGACAAUACCUCCUGGAAGAUCAUCGCGAUCUUAUGACAAUAAGGUUCAAUCCCUCGGUGCUCGGGAACCUCGUCAAGCUUGGGGUGAAGGAAAUCAAAGUGACGAUGAAGGUGGUUUUUUAUCUUUGAGGGAAGAAAUAACAGGAAGCUACACGCAAGGUGGAGCAUUUUCUCCAGCAUUAGGAUCUCGAGUAUUCAGUUAUGCGGAUGACGAUACAACUGCUGAAAGAAAUAUUUAUGAUCUGCCAGAUUAUAGUGAACCUACUAGUUCGCCAGCUCCACAAAUAUUAGAAGAUGGUUUAGUAACAAUAUCUUUAACGCCAGACGAACAAGGUCGUUUUGGUUUCAAUGUAAAAGGAGGAUUAGAUUUGGAUAUGCCGAUUUUGGUAUCACGAGUAGCUCCAAAUACACCCGCUGAUCGUUGUUAUCCAAAACUGAAUGAGGGAGAUCAGGUUGUUUACAUCAACGGAAUUGACGUGAGCGGUUUAUUGCACGAACGCGUGGUGAACUUAAUACGACAGUCACGCGAUCGCGGAUCCGGCGAACUUACCUUAACUGUCAGACCGAACGCUCUGUACAAUGCAUUAGCUGGUACCGACGAAACUUCUGAAGAAGAACCGCCUUAUAGGUAUGUGCCUGAUGCACCUCAUGCAACCAUUGGAUCUGAUGCACUGGCACAAUCUAUGUUAUUGCUUGCGGAUGGUCUGGCGAGUGGUGCUCUUAUCGCUCAAUACGAACAAUUGUACAGAAAAAAUCCAGAACUCACGUCACUUGAAUCAAAGAAACCGGAAAACCAGUCGAAAAAUCGCUAUCGAGAUAUAUCACCAUAUGAUGUUACUCGAGUGAUCCUAAUGGGAUCUGCAAAUGGAGAUUACAUUAAUGCCAAUUAUGUGAAUAUGGAAAUACCAGGUUCAGGCAUUAUUAAUAGAUAUAUCGCUACGCAAGGUCCCCUGUCUUCCACCGUUGCCGACUUUUGGCAAAUGGUUUUAGAAGCCGGUAGCACGCUUGUCGUUAUGCUGACAACACUAGUUGAACGUGGUCGUGCAAAAUGUCACCAAUAUUGGCCGGCAUAUAACGAGACGCUCACAUUAAGGAAUCUCACACUUACGUCAACUGCAGAAAAUAUCGAAGAUACAUUUAUUUUUAGAGAAUUUAUACUUCGUGAUGUUAAUACUGGAGAAGAAAGAGAUAUAACGCAUAUGCAGUAUUGUAGCUGGCCUGACCAUGGAGUGCCGAAUGAUUGGCGACAAUUUACUACGUUUACAGAGAGAGUUAGAGCAGCUCGUACUGGAAUAGUCGAACCUGCGGUUGUACAUUGUUCUGCUGGAAUAGGACGAACUGGUGUAUUAGUUUUAAUGGAAACUGCGCUGUGUCUAAUUGAAGCUAAUCAACCGGUAUAUCCGUUAGAUAUUGUACGCUCUAUGAGAGAUCAGAGAGCAAUGAUGAUACAGAAUGCUAGUCAAUAUAGAUUUGUGUGUGAAGCAGUCCAUAAAGCCUAUAGUGAAGGGAUAGCUAAACCACUUCCAGAGUUCAGUAGGUGAAAAUAAGAAUUUAAAAUGGGCAGCGUAUUAUAAUUAUAGCCAUUUCUUCUCUUACAUCUUGCAUCAAGCAUCAUGUCAUGUUAGAAGGUAAUUUUAUACUUUGACAAUAAACACAUAAUAUAUUUAAUAUAGUAUAAAAUGAACUAGUAAACAAACAUUCACACAUUGUGUGUGUAUGUGUGUGUGUGUGUGUGUGUAAAGUAUAUAUCUCAUUUAUACAUAACACUGACGUCCAAUUCUCAAUGUUAUACUCAAAAUUGCUAUUUCUUUAUAAUUCUAUCAUGCGCAAUUUUGAUUUAGUAUUCUAAUAUGUAUGUGUGAUUAAUCCAUUUCUUCACACCAAACGUUGUAUCAUACAAAAUGUGAUCAUAUUUUUUUUAAGUAUAUAUUAAUAUUUUAUAAUAAUUUUAAAUAAAUUUUUUUUCUGCAUGUAAUGCGAUGUAUGUGGAAAUCGUGAAAAAAGGCAAUGUACUAAGUUAUAUCAUUAUCAAAGUAAAAUAAUUAGAUUUAGUUAUAUAACAAAAAUUAUAAACUACAACAUAAUUUCAAUGCAAUUUUAAAUGCUGUAAAUAUAUAUAUAUAUAU